AUGGGCGACUGGAGCUCUGGGAGACUAUUAGAGAACGCGCAGGAGCACUCCACGGUCAUUGGCAAGGUUUGGCUGACGGUCCUGUUCAUCUUCAGGAUCCUGGUGCUGGGCGCCGCGGCGGAGGAGGUCUGGGGGGACGAGCAGUCGGACUUCACGUGUAACACGCAGCAGCCCGGCUGCGAGAACGUCUGCUACGACAAGGCCUUCCUCUCCCACAUCCGCUUCUGGGUGCUGCAGAUCAUCUUCGUGUCCACGCCCACGCUCAUCUACCUGGGCCACGUGCUGCACCUCGUGCGCAUGGAAGCGAAGAAGAAGGAGCGCGAGGAGGAGCUGCUGAAGGCCGACGGCCCGCACCCCGGGCCGGCCGCGCGCUGCGGGCCCGGCGGCCACGGCCAGAAGGACCGGCCGCCGGUGCGCGAUGACCGGGGCCGGGUCCGCAUCGCCGGCGCCCUGCUGCGGACCUAUGUCUUCAACAUCAUCUUUAAGACGCUCUUUGAAGUGGGCUUCAUCGCCGGCCAGUACUUUCUGUACGGCUUCGAGCUGAAGCCCCUCUACCGCUGUGACCGGUGGCCCUGCCCCAACACGGUGGACUGCUUUAUCUCCAGGCCCACGGAGAAGACCAUAUUCAUCAUCUUCAUGCUGGCAGUGGCCUGCGUGUCGCUGCUGCUCAACAUGCUGGAGAUCUACCACCUGGGCUGGAAGAAGCUCAAACAGGGGAUGACCAACCACUACCGCUCAGACUCCCCGAAUCCAGGCUGGGGGCCGCAAAGCCUGGCGGCGCGAGCCCGCUGCCGCUCCCCUCCCUCCGCCCUGCCCACGGUCACCAUCGGAUUCCCGCCGUACUACACCCGCUCCGCCUCUUCCCUGGGACCGGCCACCGCCGCGGGCUACCCCGGGGCCCCUCCGCCGGCGACCGACCUCGGCACGGCCGCCCCGUCUGAGGCGCGCGAGGAGGCCCGCCCUGCCAGGUUCCACAACGGCAACCACCGCCUGCUGGCGGCAGAGCAGAACUGGGCCAACCAGGAGGCCGAGCAGCAGGCGGCCCGGAGAAAGGCCUCGCCGCCCGUGUCCGCUGCUGCCUCCCUGAGCCCUGCGGGCAGCACCGGGCGGCUGGCUCAGGACGCAGGCGCGGGCGGCAGCGCCCCGGCCUUGGCGGACGGGACCGGCAGCAGCCUGGGCGACGACGGCAAGUCGGCGGGGACCCCCGACCUGGACGGGGAGCAGGCGGCGAGCCCCGAGGGGGAGGUGCUCGCGCCUCCUCUGCCCCCCGCAGACCCCGGGCGGUCGAGCAAGGCCAGCAAGUGCAGCGGCGGCCGGGCCAGACCGAAUGACUUGGCCAUCUAGCGGGCGUCUCUCCAGACAGCUUUAUAAUCACCGUUUCUUCUCGCAACCAAAACCAAAGUGCAGUUCCAGUCUGCAGGUAGACAGAGAGCCUGGAAGGGAGAGGGCACUGCAGUGGCGGAAGGGGAAGAUCACGAGGAGGAGAGCAGGUUUCUGUGUGUCCAUGCUUGCUGUUCUUAACACUGUGAGGUAGAGUGGGGAGAACGUCAGUGCUUGCUGAGAUGGGGAGGUGGGGGCAACGUGGGUGCAGGGGCUGUUGACCUUGAAAGAUGUUCACGGCAACCCAAGAGUCCAACAACCUGGGCCGCCUUUGCAGGUGCUGCUGCUGUCCGGCCUUGGGCUCCCGCCGUCUCUGUGGGUAACUGUUCCGUUGUGGUAAAGCGACAGGUGUCUUUACCUGGGGGCAAUUGGCUUUUCCAUUCCUACGCUUCCCCAGAGCCUCUGGGCAGCCCACAAAGUCACAGAUGCCCUUAGCACUAUCUCUGUUUGAUACUUUUAACUUAGAGUUGAAUUUCAUUCGGGAUAUUUGCCAAACUGCACUAAAAAAAGACCUAGAGCGAGUCCGUAGACUGUCAUUUGAGUUUCUGAAAUUGCCUGGGAAGCCCAGGAUUCCACACUGUACGCUUCGUGACGAGUGACGAUGAGCAGGUACCCUGCAGGGGCGGAGAUCCAACAGGCGAGAGCCACGGAGGUUGCUGGUAAGAGAGCAGGUAGAAACGCAGCGACACUUGGGGUAAUUUUUAAACAGUUGAGGAAAUUGAAAUACAAGUGUGGCAGGUAUGCCUUAGGUAUUUUUUUUAAAUGAUAUUUUGUGCUUUGAUCUGAAUUGUACAGGUAUGCCUAUCCACCACCCCCCCCCGACUUUCUUUCAGGAAAAAUGAAGG